AUGGCUCAUAACAAUCACCCGCCGCCCACGAACCAAGGUCGCCAAUUCAUCCAGCAUCCCAUACAAGCACCAAAUGCCGAGAUCGCCGCCAGAAUCGGCUUGCCAGAUGACGCGGAACGUGUCUACUUCCGCAAAGUCCGACAGGUUUUCUUCCGUGAUCAAGACUUCAACGACGGAAAUAUCGAAGCACAUAUCCUUCCCGAACGUGGAGCUUCGAGCUACCAGUUCGGCUUAUACUUCAACGUCGGUUUCGAAUAUAAUAACCAUGUACGCCUUCUACAGCUUGACCAUCCUGCUUUCGAGACCCUGACCUGGGACGAGCGGGCCCCGCAUGUUGAGGCCGCUUUCAACAAGCAACUGCUCGCGAAGAUUACCGCUCCAGUUCAACAAGCAGUCGAUAUUCGCCGCGUAUUCGAACAGGACAACGGUAUAUGGCUUCACAUAUACCAAAAACUGUAUCUAACUGCAGCGAACACCGCGUGGAACACGGCCGAAUGGGAGAUUCUGGACGAAGGCUACUUCCCACCAUUCAACAGGAGCCUCCUAUACGCAAACGUCCGUGAGGCUAUGCAGCACUUCGAGAAUCGACCCGGACAGGAUACCAUCCCGGUACUGCAAACCGUGUUUGGUACCGUGUUUGGUACCAUGUCAAACCGAUUUACGCCGACCUUCACCCCUACGGUCGUGCAGCCGAUAAACGAAGCAGCUUAG